UACAUUGGUGGUCAGUGGGAUGAAUGUUCCUUACAUUGGUGGUCAGUGAGAAGAAUACUUCUUACAUUGGUGGUCAGUGGGAAGAAUACUUCUUACAUUGGAGGUCAGUGGAAAGAAUGCUUCUUACAUUGGUGGUCAUUGGGAUCAAUGUUCCUUACAUUGAUGGUCAGUGAGAAGAAUGCUUCUUACAUUGGUGGUCAGUGGGAUGAAUGUUCCUUACAUUGGUGCUCAGUGGGAAGAAUGUUCCUUGCGAUGGUGGUCAGUGGGAAUAAUGCGUCUUACAUUGGUGGUCAGUGGGAUGAAUGUUCCUUACAUUGGUGGUCAGUGAGAAGAAUGCUUCUUACAUUGGUGGUCAGUGUGAUGAAUGUUCCUUACAUUGGUGGUCAGUGGGAAGAAUGCUUCUUACAUUGGUGGUCAGUGGUAACAAUGCUCUUUACAGUAGUGGUCAGUAGGAAGAAUACCUCUUACAUUGGUGGUCAGUAGGAAGAAUGUUCCUUACAUUGGCGGUCAUUAGGAAGAAUGCUCCUUACAUUUGUGUCAGUAGGAAGAGCACACCUUACAGUAGUGGUCAGUGGGAA